GUAUACGAAAGUGGUCAGUAUGGUCAGUGACUCUUGGUACCUAAGGCGAUUACGGACUAUUCCUGUACGAACGCUCCCACAGUCUCUCCAUGGUAUCAGGAUAUGGUUCAAUUUAUUUUGACAGAUGACGUCACGCUGGCCAUUUUUAUGCCUUCUUUUGAUGCUUUUCGUAGAAAGUGUUUACUGCGGUUACAACCGUGUGUGCUAUUACACCGGUUGGUCUAGGCAUCGCAGAGGAAUAGGCCGAUUUACCCCUGAGAAUAUAGACCCCCAUUUGUGUACACACAUCAUCUACGCGUUUGCUUCUGUGGAUGGAAACAACGUAGGGUUGAACGAUUUUACAGAGGAAGACACCCUAGCACGAGUGGUUAGUAUGAAGGAGUCGAACCCGUAUCUGCGGGUUCUAUUAGGAGUGGGAGGAUGGGUUCAUGGUACAUCGCCCUUCACCUCCCUUGUCAGCUCACAGGCCAGGAUGGAAGCCUUUGCCAAAAAUGUGAUUACCUUUCUCCGGAGCUGGAACUUAGACGGACUAGACUUAGAUUGGGAGUAUCCUGGCUCUCGGGGUAGUCCACCUGCUGACAAAGUCAGGUUCACCCAGUUACUGCGCAUUUUGCGAGUCGCGUUCGAGGCAGAAUCCAAACACAGUAGCCUCCCACGUCUUCUGCUGACCUCCGCGGUGUCUAUAGGCAAGGGAGUAGUCCAGGGUGGUUACGAGAUUGCAAAAAUAGCAAAUGAAUUGGAUCUUAUAAACCUUAUGACGUAUGAUUUACACGGGUCCUGGGACCGUACUAUCGGCCACAAUAGUCCACUCUACUCCAGGGACGACGAGUCAUGGACAACGGCGCAACUCAACCAGGACUGGGGUGUGACUUACUGGUUGUCCAAUGGUGCUCCUGCCGAGAAGUUAAUGCUUGGCAUAGCUACGUAUGGCCGAACUUUCAGAACGUACAAUGGGAAGCAGAUGGGCGAUGUAGCCAUUGGACCAGGCCGACCGGGGAAGUUCACUGGAGAGGCAGGAUUCCUGGCCUAUUAUGAGGUCUGUCAACAUCUCCAAAAUGGUUGGACUCGGAAGUGGCACAAUCAGCACCAAGUACCUUACGCAUACUCUGAUGACGAAUGGGUUGGGUAUGAUGACGUCAGGAGUGUUGCUAUCAAAGCAGACUACGUCAAGUCACGUGGUUUAGGAGGCGCUAUGGUAUGGGCUAUUGACAUGGACGACUUUAGAGGAACAUGUAGCAAUGGUUCAAACCCCUUACUUCGGAAACUUCGUGAUAUCCUUCCGAACGACAAUACGGGACUUGUGCCUUAUGUGCCUGGUAGUGCUCCAAGUCGCACCAAUGACAGCAUCCAAACUGACGACCACGAGUACAAGCGCGUAUGCUACUAUACCAAUUGGUCACAACACAGGUCGCAACCUUUGACCUUUCUACCUGAGGAUAUUGACCCCGAUCUUUGUACACAUGUCAUCUUCUCGUUUGCCAAACUCGAGAACAACGAUAUCCAUAUGUUUGAACCAAAUGACGAUGAUCUGUAUCGGCGUGUGGUAGCUUUGAAGACCGUUCAGCCUCGCCUAAAUGUACUGCUUGCUAUCGGAGGCUGGACACACAGCAUCAGAGCGUUUUCAGACAUGGUGGCGACACCGGACGGUAUACUUACCUUCGCAAGAAAUGCCGAGAGGUAUCUUCGUAAUCACAACUUUGAUGGUUUGGACCUGGAUUGGGAAUUCCCAGGAAGCCGUGGAAGCAAAUCAAUAGACAAAUUUCGAUUUACCUCCCUUGUUAAGGGCUUACGACAAGAAUUUGACCGAACUGCCGCAACUAGCGGCUUGCCACGACUGCUUCUCACAGCCGCAGUAUCUGCAGGACGUGCCGUCAUUGACAGCGGAUACGAGAUAGAUAAAAUCGCCAGAUACCUCGACUUUAUCAACCUGAUGACUUAUGAUCUACACGGGAGCUGGGAGUCUGUCACCGGUCACAACAGUCCGCUGUAUAGUCCAAACCUCAAUAGUCAGGACUUUGCAGUGAGAUACUGGAUUGGCCAAGGAGCUCCUAAGGAGAAACUAGUGUUAGGUCUUGGUUUUUACGGGAGAUCUUUCACACUCCGUUCCCCUUCUGACCAUUCUAUGUGGGCAGCGGCAAUAGGUCCAGGGAUCGCCCAACCUCACACCAAAACUGAAGGUUUCAUGGCCUACUUCGAGGUGUGUUCCCUAGUCGUGCGUGGAUGGGAACGGCAGUGGAGUACUGAAAGUAAGGCCCCGUACGCCUACUCCGACACACAGUGGGUCAGCUACGAUGACAUGGACAGUAUUGCCGAAAAGGCUCAGUACAUUCGGUCUAAAGGUUUGGGUGGAGCCAUGGUUUGGACCGUAGACAUGGAUGACUAUAAAAAUGUAUGUGGUGACGGUAAAUAUCCUUUAAUGAACAAACUGAAGGAAGUCCUCACAGGUUCAUACAACGGACCUACAACGGCGCGUUCGGAAGUGGAAAUCACAAGAGCUCCAACAAAAACCAAUACAAUUCUGCCAACCACAACUGCAUUACCUAAAAGGACCACCACAACCUUGGCUCCAACAAAACCUCUGAAUGAUAAGGAGCAGAAAACGGUUGACAUGGCAACCUGUGGUCCACCGUCCGUGUGUCCCCACGGCAAGUUUAUACCGGAUGCCUGUGACGUAUCUGUGUACUACCAAUGCAACUUCAGAAUGGCCAUCACCCGUAAAUGUCCACCUACACUGGAGUGGAAUUUUAGAAACAUGGCAUGUGACUGGCCAAGUGUAGACAACCGAAUUAUAUUGAACGUUAAAACUGAAGUCAUAUCGACUACAGACUCUAUGAAGAAUACCGAAGUCCUACCUACCUUCCGAACAACCGUUUUCAUACCGAGGAAAGAGGCAACUACCCCCAGAUCAACGUUGAAGAAAACCAAAGACAUUCUGCCUACAUUUCGGACAACAGUUUUCAUACCGGAGGCCGAGGGAGUUACGCGUAAACCCACAUCCACAACUGGAACGCAGGGGACCUGGCAGUCAAUCGGAUACAAAGACUGCAAACCAACAUCCUGCCCAGCAGGACUUUUGAUUUCCGACCCCUGUGACAAGAAGUGUUAUUACUCCUGCGCAGAUAACGAUCGGGCAUUUCACUCGUGCUGCCCAGCCUCGACAGUUUGGGACGAACGAAUAUUUAACUGUAACUGGAGCUGGUCCCGUUAGUCCAUUGCUCAGACAUAUAAGUGAGGCUAACUUUGUAAAUAGCAUCAGUUAUGAUAAAUAUAUCAGAUGCAUUUCAACACUAAAUAUUGUAUGGCCUUGCGGCUGUAGAUAUCCGAAGGAGCUAGCGGUAGUAUGAAUAACUAGAAAUUGAACAGUUUUUGAAAAGCAUUUUAUUGCAUUAGUGUAUACAGAUUAGGAAUAGAUUAUUAUGAACAGUUCUGUUAUAUUGU